AUUUUUUACUCGCAAAACAUUCAACCAAUCACAUUCACUGUUCCCUUUCCCUUUUGCUGCUCUCAUUCUUCUGCAUUCAGCAUUCACCUUCAUCUUCGUCUUCUCACCAUCCGGCACCUUUCUUUGUUCCUUUUCCAUCCAUUAGGGUUCACUUUCUACAACUAUUAAUUCCGUUCUGCUUCCGCAGAUGCUGCUCUCAUGCUGAACAAUUCGGGGUUCCAUUCCGCCACUUGCAACGACUUCCUUUCCAAUUCGUUGAAUCACUGCGGCAUUGGUUGAUCGACGCACUCCUUUUCCCCCUCACUGCAUGAAAGUUUCAUUCUUUGCCAGAAGAGGCCAACUUUCACUGCCCAAUUCGUUGCCCUGUCGCUUUUAGCGGAAAUUUUGGACUUGGGGUUUGCUUUCAAAAUUACAGCUUUGUUGCCGUUUGCGUGCUUCCUCACGUUGAUGUAGUUCUUUAUGGUUUAUUCGCGUUAAACAUCUGCAGUGUCGGGUAUUGUUGUAGUUGAUAACUUGCUGUAGUGUAGAUUGUAUUGCUUUUUUCUUUGGUUUGUUGAUUUUGAAGACUAUGAAGAGGCAGAAAACUGAACCUUCCAAUUCGAGGAGGUUUAGGUUGUCCCAAUUUUUGUUUGCUGUUGGGGUGUUAUAUUUGGUUUUCAUUUCGUGCAAGUUUCCUCAAAUUCUGAAAAUUGUGUCAACGAUAAGUGGGGAUGAGAUUUAUGGUGGAUUGGAUGGUGCCGCUGCUGUUGGUGGCUCAGAAGGUUCAGAGUUGAGCAAGCCUUUUGUUAGUUCUGUUUAUCGAGAUUCACUUCACCGGAGGCUAGAGGAUAGCACGGACAAGGAUGCUCCCUUGAGACCCAACAAAGUUUCACUGAAGGAGGAAGAACAUGAUGGUGAAUCCGUGGAACGUGUUCCUCAGAAGUAUGGUAGGAUUACUGGAAGAAUCAUGCGGCAAAUGAAUAGGACAAACAAUUUAUCUGUGCUUGAGAGAAUGACAGAUGAGGCAUGGACAUUGGGGCUGAAGGCUUGGGGAGAAUUAGACACGGCUGAUGACGUGGAGUCCGGAGAGAACUCUAUCGUCGAAGGAAAGCCUGAGUCCUGUCCUUCUUGGAUAUCAAUGACUGGGGAUGAAUUGCAGAAGGGAGAUGGCUUGAUGUUUCUACCUUGCGGGCUAGCAGCAGGUUCUUCAAUCACUGUGGUGGGGACACCCCAUUUUGCUCAUAAGGAAUAUGUUCCUAAGCUUGGGAAGUUGAGGAAAAGUGAUGGAUUGGUUGCAGUUUCACAGUUCAUGGUUGAGUUACAAGGACUAAAGUCAGUUGAAGGGGAAGAUCCUCCGAAGAUUCUUCACCUGAAUCCUCGGUUAAGAGGGGACUGGAGCAAACGACCAGUUAUUGAGCAUAAUACCUGCUAUCGAAUGCACUGGGGAACAGCUCAAAGAUGUGAUGGCUUGCCAACUGAGGAUGAUGAAGGAAUGCUUGUUGAUGGGUUUAGGCGAUGUGAAAGAUGGAUGCGGAGUGACAUUGUAGACUCAAAAGAGUCCAAGACAACAUCAUGGUUCAAGCGGUUUAUAGGGCGUGAGCAGAAGCCAGAAGUGACUUGGCCAUUUCCUUUUGUAGAGGGUAGAAUGUUUGUCCUUACCCUGCGUGCUGGUGUUGAUGGGUACCAUAUUAAUGUUGGGGGUCGCCAUAUGACUUCAUUUCCAUACCGAACGGGUUUUACACUUGAAGAUGCUACAGGAUUGGCAGUUAAAGGAGAUGUUGAUGUUCAUUCUGUCUUUGCUACUUCACUACCUACUUCACACCCAAGUUUCUCACCUCAACGAGUACUGGAAAUGUCUGAAACAUGGAAAGCAAGUCCUCUACCCAAACAUCCUAUUAAAAUGUUUGUUGGAGUCCUUUCUGCUUCAAAUCACUUUGCAGAACGUAUGGCAGUUCGAAAAACGUGGAUGCAAGCAGCUGCGAUCAAGUCUUCAGAUGUAGUAGUACGAUUUUUUGUUGCAUUGAAUCCAAGGAAGGAAGUAAAUGCAGUGCUGAGGAAGGAGGCUGGUUACUUUGGUGAUAUUGUCAUUAUGCCCUUUAUGGACCGCUAUGAGCUUGUUGUGCUUAAAACCCUGGCUAUCUGUGAGUUUGGGAUUCAAAAUGUGACAGCUGCUUAUAUCAUGAAAUGUGAUGAUGACACUUUUAUUAGGGUGGACACUGUCUUGAGAGAAAUUGAAGCUGUACCUCGUAAAAAGCCGCUUUAUAUGGGGAAUCUCAAUCUCUUACACCGGCCUCUGAGACACGGCAAAUGGGCAGUUACUUACGAGGAGUGGCCUGAAGAAGUAUAUCCUCCUUAUGCAAAUGGCCCUGCAUACGUAAUUUCCGAAGAUAUCGUUAAUUACAUUGUAUCACAACACAAGAAUAGGAACCUGAGGCUGUUUAAAAUGGAGGACGUAAGCAUGGGGAUGUGGGUCGAGCAAUUCAACAAUACAAUGGCAGCAGUCCAGUACUCACACAACUGGAAGUAUUGUCAGUAUGGAUGCAUGGAGAACUACUUCACGGCGCAUUACCAGUCGCCGAGGCAGAUGAUGUGCCUAUGGGACAAAUGGUCAAGAGGCCAUGCUCGAUGCUGCAACUUCUGAAGAUAAUGUUAAACAAUCCCAUUUUCCAUUUUGUCUUCUUGUACCUUUAGCUUUGUGCUCCUCUUGGUUCACCUAGCUGGUUCAUGUUUGAAGAAAAUCUCAAUGAUGCAAAAUCUAUUAGUCAUUCAAUUUGAAAGAAAAAGAGAAUUUGUAGGGAUGUUCAUAGUCCUGGCUGAAUGGCUUGGGCCUUGGUUUCAGUGUAAAUACAUGUCCUCCAUUUUUUGUGUGCAUCAAUUCAAAUAUUUUAUUGCUCAUAGAUUCUGCAAAGAAACAUGUGUUCCUCUCCUUUUGGAAGUAAGAUGAAGGUAUAGUUGCAGUUAUGGAAA